AUGCAGCGAAUCCUACGCAUAAACCUCCAAGCCCGCAAUCAAGCCCUCAAAGCUUCCCGUCGGAAAAACUAUGAAAAGCUGCGAGAUGACUGGAAAGACUACGAGACCCGUCUGAUCCAAACGGAGAAAGUAAAAAAUGCCCACAUUAAAGCAGAGCGCAGAGCGCGGCGGGAGGAUUGGGUCCUGGGACCUCUUGCGCCGAAACGGGACAUCGGCACAAAGCAAGAUUUCUAUGGUACUGUCAGUAACCUCCUCUAUCAAGGGCCAGUUUUCCCCCCGAAGGUUAGGCAUGGAAAUAUCGUGGAGGGAGAUCGAGUUUGCAUUGUGAAGGGGAAGGAAAGUCUAAUCGGACAGAUCGGCCAAGUGAAGGAUGUCAGUAGCGAUUCCAAGGAAUUGAGAAUUGAAGGUCUCAAUAUGGCCGAUGUCGAGAUCCCUGAGAGUUUUGGCGAGCAGCGCGACAAAAUUCACUUCUCGUCCCUCGAAUUACCCAUCCCCAUCAGCGACGUACGACUUGUUUACCGCCUUACGGACCCUACUACCGGCCGCGACCGAGAUGUCAUCGUAAAGUACAUCCGCGGCGGCGCCCCUUAUUUCCAGCGCGCGCCCAAUUCACCUCUGCCACGACAUACACGCUACGUUGCGGGCGAAGACAUUCUGAUCCCGUGGCCGGAAGUUGAAGCUCCCAGGUAUCAAGCCUUUGAGGGAGAUACUACACGCUACGAUGUUGAAUCACAAACCUGGACACCCACCAUCUAUCAACCGCCCCUCCCCUCACAGGAAAUAUUUGACAACUUGACGGAAGAUGACAAAUAUAGGCGAGAUAGGGCAUGGCACGAAGACGAGUACGUGAGGAUGAAGGUCUUGGAAGAUGCCCGUGCAGAGUGGUUCAAGGAGAGAAAGAUCCAAGGUCCCUUGGCGAAGAUGGCAGAGGAGAAACUCAGGAUUGUGGCGGAGAGAGCUGAAUCAAUUAAGCAAGCCGGAAUGAGUGAGGAGACGAGGAAGAUUCUGAUGGAGGAGAUGAAUGCCGCAAAGGGGAGGAGACUGAAAGCGUCGGCAUGA